UAUGGGCCCUACUCAGUGAGAUAUCAGCAUCUGCAUUAUAGCUCCCAACUAUUCUUAGGUGAUAUCCCAGCACGACUGAACAGUGCCCAGCUGGCUUGUGAGAAUGGCUUACAGCGUGACUCUGAAUGGACCUGGACCAUGGGGCUUCCGACUGCAAGGGGGCAAGGACUUCAACAUGCCUUUGACCAUCUCCAGGAUCACUCCUGGCAGCAAGGCAGCACAGUCACAGAUGAAUCAAGGGGACCUUGUGGUGGCCAUUGAUGGAGUCAAUACUGACAGCAUGACUCACUUAGAGGCUCAGAACAAGAUCAAGUCAGCAAGUUACAACCUGAGCCUCACUCUUCAGAAAUCGAAACGUCCAGUUCCAGUUUCAACCACACCACCCAAAAUUGACUCACCCAGAGCUGUAAUUCCCCACCAGAAGGUUAUAACCAACACCACUUCCAAUACGGAUUUCACGGAGCGUUUCAACCCCAGUGUCCUGAAGGACUCUGCUCUGUCUACACACAAACCCAUUGAGGUGAAAGGCCUAGGCGGCAAGGCUACUAUAAUUCACGCCCAGUAUAACACCCCAAUCAGCAUGUAUUCCCAAGAUGCCAUCAUGGAUGCAAUUGCAGGCCAGGCACAAGCGCAAGGUGGAGAAUUUGCUGGUACCCUUCCUAUUAAAGAUCCUCACGUAGACAGUGCAUCUCCAGUGUAUCAGGCUGUUCUCAAAACUCAAAACAAGCCUGAAGAUGAAACUGAAGACUGGAGCCGCCGUUCUGCCAACCUGCAGUCUAAGUCUUUUCGCAUCCUUGCCCAGAUGACUGGAACGGAGUUCAUGCAAGAUCCAGAUGAAGAAGCCCUGAGGAGAUCAAGGGAAAGGUUUGAAACGGAACGUAACAGCCCACGCUUUGCCAAAUUGCGCAACUGGCAUCACGGCCUGUCGGCGCAAAUCCUUAAUGUUAAGAGUUAAAAGCCCACGUUCAGUGGGCAAAGAUGUGAGAGAGAAUUACAGGAAAGAAAUAACUGCUAUCCUGAGUUAGAGCCUAACAACGUAACACACGUACAGGAAAGAUGAUUGCUAGGUUGUUUUUAUUUUUUUCUGAGUGCCCGUCUUUGGUAGAUUUCUGUUGUUAGCCUGGAAUUCACUCACUGUCACCAAAAGCAAAAAUAAUCACACUGCCUUGUUCACGUUCUUUGGUAUAAAGUAGAUUAGCUUUUGUCCUUUACGAUAUCAAAUGAAACUUCAAUACACAGAUAGAAGGAAAAGAUCGUUGUGUUACUUUUUUGACUUUACUUACAGGAGAAAAUGAGAGGAAAGUUAUUCACAGUAUUUCUUUAGGAAGAAGACUUAGGUUUUAUUGAAUUUUAUUGUUGUAAAGAUAAUUAAAUAUGAGAACAUAGGAUGAAAAGGAAAGCUGACAGCCUAGCCAAGUGUUUGCUAAAUGUACAACCUGCUUAGUUCGCAUAGUCAAACGAUGCUGUUUGAAAUAAGGCUUUAGCGUUAUCAUUUUUUCUUCAGUAUAUUAUGCUAGUAAAACUUAUUUGGUAAGACUAUUUGCUAUAAUAUUUGAAAUCUAAAUUUGUCAGUAGAUGAAAGAUAAAAUGUGGUUGUCCAGGACCUGCAAGGAAAUGACUUUUUGCUAGAGGUGUUCAGGAGUAAGACGACAUAUAUAGUACUGUUGGUGCACUGAAGUUUAUAAAAGCAUCUCUGAAGUUCAAAGGAACACGUUGCCAAUUCUGUAUUGCUCUUGCUUUGACCCACAUUUUUUUUUCUGUAUAUAGCAGCAUGCUUUAUCUCAAAUAAACAGAUUUAAAACUAAAAUAAUGAUGUGCCUGUUUUACACAGUACUUCGUUCCUUUUUAAGAUAAUAAGUGCUUCAACUGAUUGUUGAAAAAAGGUGCACUUUGCUUUCCACAGUAGAAAAUUCGGUCAAAAAGCUUUUCCCUAUUAGCUGCAGUUCUUACUGACCUUUAAACUGUGAAUUAGAAUCGACCUGAUAAAAUAAUUGAAAAAUCUUUCUUACUUGUGAAAAGAGAACAUGGCAUAAUUAAUAAAUGCUAGAUGACAAGACACUGAUAAUGCCAUUGCAGAUUUCCUUUUGAAUAAUAUACAUUGUCUGGCACAUUAAUGUAUAAAGGCCCUUGAGACACUGCUGGUGAAAUGGGAUCUUUCUAUUUGAACAGUACAACAGUGCUUCAGUUUUAAACUGUGCUCAUCAAACUGAGGUACAUCUAUCCAAAAGGCCCUCACGUGCUCCUGUUUUUUGCUUAAAGUAUACCGAGAGAAGUAUCACUUCAAUUUCUACUUUAUGCUCUGAUCAUUAAAUGAUACUAAAAAAAAGUAUUUCAAUUAAACUACAUCUAUGGUUUCCGUAGAAACGGUUGAUAUGAUCCCUUAGCAAUCUGCAUUAGUAGACCUUAGCGAUGAUUAAAACUGAAGUUUCUGGUGAUAAAGCAACAAAAGGUUAAUUCUGUUGCAGAUCUGCUUAUAGCCCAAAUAACAAUUUUAUUUUUUUUUAUAAUUAAUUUCUUUAAGUGGCAGGUUAGGUUAUUUUAUCUGGUAGCAGUAAUUCUGACCAAAGAGAUUAACAUGUGAAUUUGAAACACAGUUUUUGAAGCUUUUGAACAUCUGCAAUUUAUAUUGGUGAGAACAAAACAUGCUGAAACUCUCAUUUUGUGGGCAAGAAAAGGUACUGUUCUUGAAGGAUUUUGCAUAAAUCAACCAAAUACGAGGGCUUAAAGAAUUAAAAAACAAUCUCAGACACUUGGGGAAAAAAAAGGUUGACUUGCAUUUAAGAGUAAAAUUUACAGCAGUCCGUUUUAAAAUGUAAUUCACUCUUUAAAAUAUAAGUACUGUAGCAAUUCAGGAAACAUACCAUUUAAUGCAGUGUUCAUUCAUAUUUUCCUUAUGGGACUGCAAACAAAUUCCAAUUCUAUCUCAGUAGUACCUGUGGACAAUCAGCAUAAACUGAUGCCAGCAGAAAAUAAGAGUAACAUUUUCACUUUUCCUGUAUGUUGCUAAUAUCAGACAUCAAUUCAGAAUGGGUAAAUCUUAUUUAUGCAUAGACGAUUUUAAAAGAAUUUAAACUGUCAUUAUGCAAUUUUUUUUUUAAAACUUCUUUUUUAAAAACAGAUAAUGUACCUAAAUAGAACAUCUUCAUUCUAGUAUUCAACCAAAUUAAAUGGUUUUCUGAAUAAAUACAUGAUAGUAGUUUCACUUAAAUAGGAAUUGGGUAUCCUUAAAUGUUUUAUGAACAUAAUAUGUGGAUACUGUUUCUUUCAAAUAGUUCUAGUGCAUGUACUAUAAUGAAAAUGUCUGUACUGUAUCUGAAUGUUUAUAUUUAAUGUCGUUUUCAAAGAUACUUUUAAAUAAUCAGAAAAGCACAGUUUGGUUAGUUACGAAAUUAAUGCAAAUGUAAUUAGGGGACAUCUUCCCCUUAUGUCUGCUUCUGUGAAUUUAACAAUAGUGUAUAUAAGCCAUGUAAUCAUAGAGAGUUAUAAACCAUUUCCCUGGAGGACAGAAAAUUAACUGUCUAAUCUAUGAGCUUGCAGAAUUUCAGUCCUUCAUGUAAUCAUAGGAAAAAGUAAUAGAAAAAAACUCUUCAAUAGUUGGUAAUUUUUUGAACUUUUUAAAUGAGGAAAAUUCCUGUAGAAUUUGCUGUCUUUAACCCCUAAUGCAAGAUUGUUUACUAUAACAUCUUUCUACUGGUCCAAUCCCUUUAAAAAAAAAAAAAAUUCUAAUUUUUUUAUUUAGUUUCUUGUUUAUACUUAACCUAGCAACCCCUUAAGUCUUACACCUCAAAAAUCUGCUUUUAUGUUGUCCUGGUGAUCUCCAAGCCCCAGAAAUUCAUGCUGCAAAUAUUUCCUCGUGUAAAUAUUAACAGGCCAUGUUUUCCUUCCUGAGGGGGAGGCGGGCUUUUCUGUAAGGUGGAGAAGCUGGGCUGCAUUUGUCAUUUUAGUCUCCAGCAAUGAGAGGUAAUAUGACAGGCUUAGACCUGAUGAGGAUUCACGAAUAGCUAUGAGAGUCUGCUAGCUUUGUUUGGCUGGAGGUCAAGUUUUCCUGUUUUUAGUAUGUCCAGGCUUAUCUCAUUGUAAAUUGCUUCUGAUCAGUCAACCUCGUUUUCCACUGUUUCUUGACCGUUUGCAGAAGUCUGCUGUUUUCCCUAGGAAAACUAGUCUCAGUUAAUGACACUGAAGCUUAAACUAGGUUCCUGACUGAAGACUCAGUGAGUCGUGUAGUUCUUUAAAAUGGCUUUGAUGAUAGGCAGCUAUAUCUGCUCCGUGCUAAAUAUAUUUUGAAUCAUGACUCUUACACUGAGUGGAGGAAACUGAGAUGGUGACGUGUGUCUUCUACAUAAUCUCCAUGCCAAAAAGGAUAGUAAAAUGGGAGAUGCAGAUAGAGAUAUUAGUCCCCUGUCCUUCCCAGUACUGCCAGUAAUACCUUAGUGUUAUAAGCAUUUAACGAAGAUACAGCAAAGCUGAUGUCACUAGGAAAUCAAAACCAAAAGGCCUUCCAGGUAAAUCUGCUUGUCUGGUUAUGACACAGGGAAAUGCUCAUUUUCUGCUGUGGUAUAAGACCGUUUGUUAUACACUAACCUUUUUCCUGAAUAUUGCUGCUUUGUCUCCUACACAAAUGGUCUCUUCCUCACCUCUUAGAGUGCUUAGUUUGCACCAGGGCUACUGACUGCAUGCAGGGCGUGCUGAUGGGAUGUGGCAAGAGUGUGUCUUUAGGAAAGCAGGCAUGAGAAAUUGACCUCACUUCCUUUUGUGCAUGAAAAUAUUGCAAGAGAAGAGAAGUUCUGUGGCUCCUUCUCUUGCCUACUCCUUUUCACACUUGCCUGCAUGGAUAGGAGAGGAAAUUUUUUGCUGUGUAAUAAACGUAAAGGUCACUUUCUCUUCACUGCUGUUUCUUUCCCAUUAUGCACAACAGUGUGGAGUGUAAGGGACAGGAAUUCUAGGGAGUGCUUUAUCACUUUUGAAAAGUGUAACUCAUGCAUCACAGAAUUGUCUAAAACCUUCUUUGUAAAAAGGAAUAAACAGGAGGGGGCGACCAAUCUUUCACUUGUACUUUCAGGCUCCUGCAGGGAAUAAGCAGAUUGAUUCCAUGGCUUCUUUAGAAAGUAGUGGGACACUUGCACAAAUUCUAAUUUGCAAAUGUAAAAAGCUAGAAUCUUGGUAUGGUACAUGAUAGUAGUAGUUCUUGUGGUAGGUCUUGGUAAAACCAAUUAAUAGCUUUCAUUAAUCGGCCUUUUAUUAGAGACCUUCUCCAAUGUACGUAAAAAUGAAUUGACUUAAGUUUGCUUUCAAGAACAAUGGCCUUAUUCUCAUUACCAAAGCUAUCUAUCUGAUAUCACCAAGACAAGAUCUAAGGUACUUUGAUCCUUUUCUUUCAUAUGCCGGAAUUUCCAGAGGUUAGCGUGGCUUCUUAUCUGAACGCUAAGCAGAUUACCAAAAAUCCUUCCAAAGAGUAUAGCUUAUUUUUCUAUAACAGCACACAAAAUAAAGCAGAGUUUGGUAGCUAGCUCUUUCGCUUCAGCAACAUUACUACAGUAAAUAAUAUUAAGUAAAUCUAUUUAUUCUUAUCCUGGCUUACCUUUUGAUGUCUGAAGAGCAGCAAAGCAAAACAUUGCAAUAGUGAAUAAACUCAAUUGUUUCUAUGGAUUUGUGAGUGAAUUCAGAGGGGUAACUUGAUCAAAUAUGCCUUUCUUCCCCAAAACACUCCUUGAAGUUCAAUGGGAAAAGUAAAUUCAGAUAUCGUAGAUUGCUUUUUUUGAAGCCAGUUCUCUGUAGAACAAAUAGAUCAAAGGUGGGAGCCAUAAGGCCUAUUGUAUCCAGUUGAAUGCUCUCACUCAUAACUGAGGGAGUGAGAUGGAAUUUCAGAUGAAAUUAAUAAAUACAAUGAAAUAGUUAUAAAGCAAGUAACACAUAAGAAUAAUAGAGACUGUCGAAGCUCACGAUUCACUUUUGUGUUCACUUUUUGGCUGUAGUGAACUGUAUUUUAAUAACAUUUAUCAUCUCAGUCUUCUGCACGUUCGUGGCCAGCACUUGCUUCUUCACUGGCAGAAACGCACACUGCUUUCGUUCCUUCUGUAGAACUGUAUGCAUCCCAUAUGUAUAUAUAUGCCCACACACAUCCUGCCACUGAUGCUGAUGUCUAACCAAGAUACCAGUGCAUGGCACAGCUUUCUCUUACUGUACUGUUUCCUUCCAUCUAACAAGGAAAAAGCAGUUCUUGCAUGUAAUAGCUUUCUAAGAGGCUUGUGUAACCUGGAAGCACCCAACUGUGGUCUGUGGAUUAUCUGACUGAUUCACAGAGCCUUGUGUAAGAUGAGUUGGAGAACUGGCUGAUGGCUUAGCACUGGCUUCCUUUUUCUUUGUUUCUAAAUUGCAUUAAUGUUAACAGAAUUAUACUAAGUACUAAUAAUUUCCUAAUAGUUCGUUUCCAUGUAAUUAGUUGUUGACCCAGAAUGUUAUAAAACUACAAACGAGAGGAAGAGAAAUAAAGAAAACUCUUAAGGGAAUCUGUGAAAUAAAAUGCAAUCCAUGUUCUGAAAAAAUACUGACAACUGCUUUAUCUCAUACUUGGUUAUUGUCUAAAGAAUCUAAGCAGAAAGGCAUAGUAGUGUAUCUGAGGUGCAGUUUCAAAUUUAUGAUCAUAGUAGAUAAAGUAUAAAUUUUCUUACCAUCAAUGUGCACAAAUGAAAAAUUGGCUUGAAAAUCUUCCAGCUGACAAUAAGGAGAUCUAUGAGUUCUCAGCUUCCCUGAAGCAAUGUGAAGUUGCAAUAAGGAAAAAAUGCUUUAGUGAAAGGGGAAUCAUUUCCCAGCUUAGGUAUCCUUCAGUAUCUGAACUUGUGCACUGUCCUUGCCUACAGUGGUCCUAAAUACAACCUGAAAGGUUCCUAUGUCAGGUGCCUGCUGGCAGAUAUUUGUGCUUUACCAGUAGGGUUCUAAAACACUAGAGGGAAAUGUUCAGGUAGAUCUAAUUACAGAAUUAAGGCCAAGAUAGAGAAAGUUAUCUACGGGGUUUUUUUCUUUCUUUUUUUUUUUUGAGCUGGAACACAUCCAAGCUUAACAUGUUCCAUAUAGUCAGGAUUUUGCAGUCUUUGUUCUUACUAAAAUGAUACAUUUAUCAACAAGAUAAAUCGGAGAGCUUACUUGCAUGUCAAAUGUAUAUAUAAAUCUAUAUAAAUCUUGGAAAAGUUAUCUCUACACACAGCACAAUUGCUGCUUAAUUUCAAUUGAAAUAAUUUUCAAUUAUUAUUUGAAUGCUUAAUGUGAUAGCAUACUGCUGGAUACCACUAAAAUCCAUGGAAGGGAUUUGCUUUGAUUUAGUGUGAUUUAGUGAGCUGCUUUGACUGAGUUCUGUAGUAUCUGUUGAGAAUAAGUACCUGUUUGUUGUGUUUUUUUUUUAUUUUUAUUUUUUAAUGAAUAUAUGACAGUGCUUUUCCUAUUCUAUGGCACUGUCUGUGCAAACCAAAACACCUUCUGGGAGAAAUGGAUUUUCCUGUUUUGAAAAACAGACAUACUAGCAGGUUAAACUGCAACUGUUUUGGCAUGGGCUGCUCACAUUCUUAACUAAGGUGGCUGAAAAAGAGAGACUAGCUAUUCUUCUAUCCCAAGCUGAAGUUUGAACUAAACCAGCAUGAUAGUCAUCUUCUAUCCUUUCCAGUUAACUGCCUAUGAUUUCUGUGUGUGUGUCCUAUGGUGUCUCUGUGAAGAUAAUAGUUCGUUGUAGUUGUAGUUACAAAAACAUAGCUUGGGGGAAUAAAAAAAAAAAAAAAAAAAAAAAAAAAAA